AUGACUCUUAAUGGCUAUAAGCAAACUGGGACCAUCAUCAUCGACUAUGCUUUUGGAAGCGGAAUACAAGGGUCAGACCAUCCCAACCCAGGCAAGCCUUACACAGGAACAACUCGCAGAGCAUUUCUCCCGUAUAAUUCUGAUGGGAAAAAAGUGCUGGAGCUGCUAAAACAAGCUUUUGAACAGAAGCUAACCUUCACCAUUGGAACAUCUUCAACAACAGGACACAGGGACACAGUGAUUUGGAACGACAUUCAUCACAAGACAAGUACACAUGGAGGACCAAGCAUGCAUGGCUAUCCUGAUCCUGGCUAUCUGAAAAGGGUGACAGAAGAGUUGGCUGCCAAGGGCAUCAAGUAG